AUGAUUACAGACCCUUUGGAGAUGAGUGUGCUGGCAGUGGAGCACUUUAAAUCAAUAUUGGAACCUAUGAACUACUCACCUCAGGCCCUUCACUCUUCGAUCACAUGGUUUGCGGAGCUAGUAGGUUUCCAAUGCAGCCAGCCAAAAUGUCAACAAAUGAUGUCAGUCCCAACUGCGGAGGAAAUCAGGAGGCUUUUCUUUAAGCUAAAUCCGAAUAAAGCACCUGGACCUGAUGGUCUCACUUCCGUCUACAAGGUGAUAUCAAGGCUACUGGUUGCAAGAGUAAAGCCCUUCCUUCAAGAUCUUAUUCUUCCAUGUCAAACUGCUUUCGUGAAGGAUCGUCUCUUGGUGGAAAACACAGUUUUAGCCAGCGAGUUAGUACAUGGAUAUCACAAGAACAAAGGGCCAAAGAGAAUUACAAUAAAAGUUGACAUCGCCAAAGCUUUUGAUACACUAUCCUGGGAGUUUCUCUUCUCUUGCUUGGACAGUAUGCAGAUUCCACGCCAUUUCUUAUCCAUGUUGAAGACCUGCAUAUGUACAACAAGUUUUAUGGUUGGUUAUAAUGGUACUGUCAAUGGCUAUUUUAAGGGUAAAAGAGGUCUUAGGCAGGGAGAUCCACUGUCACCCUACCUAUUUGUCAUAGCAAUGAAUUGCCUCUCUUUUAUGCUCAAAAAAGCUGCAGCGCAAGAAGGACUACAAUACCACCCCAACUGUGAAAGAGUCAAGCUAACUCACCUUUCAUUUGCGGAUGAUCUCCUCAUAUUCAUUGGCGGAUCCCUCAAAUCGGUUCAACAUGUCCUCAAAGUCCUCCAUGAAUUUGAGUUGCGAUCUGGUCUUAAAGCCAUCAUGGAGAAGACGAGUUUUUAUGCCUCUGGACUAUCAGCAAGCGAGACUGACACGAUACAGGCUUCUACUGAAUGGCUUCUCGUAAUCAAGAUUGUUAUCUCAGGUAUCACCACCUUCUGGUGUGCUGCAUUCAUAUUACCCAAGGCCUGUAUCAGAAGAAUCAACUCGUUAUGCAGUGUUUUCUUAUGGAAAGGUGAUAUUGAGAGUAAUAACACAGCAAGAGUAGCUUGGGAAAAAUGUGUUCUCACUAAGGAGCAAGGUGGACUGGGCUCAGUAUGGGUUGCUUGGUUCACGGAUAAAGUUCUUAAAGGAUCGGUCCACAACUAUUGGACUGCUAAACCGAGCGCCUCGUACUCGUGGCUAGCAAAUAAGCUGCUCAAGCUCAAAUCAGUUGUCUUCCGCUUAUUAAGCUUCGCUUGGAAGAUGGUUUGGCUGCUCGGUUCUGGAUCAACAUACUCAUACCUGCGUGGUGAUUUGGAUGAGGUCUCAUGGGCUUCUGCUGUCUGGUUUUCCUAUGGUAUACCUCGACAGCAGUUUCACACAUGGCUAGUAGUUCUUGAUAGAUGCCCAACAAGGGACAGACUUCUCAAUUGGGGCUUGCAAACUUCCCCUCUCUGCCUCCUCUGCAACAACGACCAUGAAUCUCGUGAUCACAUCUACUUCAACUGCUCUUACUCCUUUGAUCUAUGGGAGCUAAGUGCGAGGCGAUGCUCCUUUCAACCACUGCGAAGCUGGAAUCUAACUCUCCAACAAAUGCAAGCUCUGCCUAAACAGAGAGCCCUGCGAUCAGAUCGUCUACUCACUCUCGUAGCCUGGCAAUCAAACCUCUACUGGAUAUGGAAUGAACGUAAUUCUCGACUUCACACCAACUCUUUCAGGUCCAUUGAUGCUCUCUUCACCAUUAUUGAUCGGCAAAUUCGAAAUAGGAUUCAGGGUUUCCGAUCAUCCAAUCCUAUCCUAGCCUCCUCCAUGAUGCAAACGUGGUUUCGUCAAGUCUGA